AGCCGAGUUGGGGGGGAAAAAUGGCGGCGGCGGUGGCGGCGGCAGUGGCGGCGGGGGUCCGCGGCCGCUCGGGGCUGUGGCCUGCCCCGGGGCCCAGCUGGCUCCUCGGCCUCUCCGUCUUCCUGGGCGUCGCGGCUCGCGGCGCCUCGGCCACCACCCACUGGAUCGUGACGGAGGACGGCAAGAUCCAGCAGCAGGUGGAUUCACCAAUGAACCUGAAGCAUCCCCAUGACUUGGUCAUAUUAAUGAGACAAGAAACAACAGUUAACUACCUCAGAGAACUAGAGAAGCAAUUGGUAGCUCAAAAAAUUCACAUAGAAGAAAAUGAAGACAGAGAUACAGGCCUGGAGCAAAGGCAUAAUAAAGAAGAUCCAGACUGCAUAAAAGCCAAGGUGCCCCUUGGGGAUCUGGACCUGUAUGAUGGCACAUAUAUCACCUUGGAGAGCAAAGAUGUCAGCCCCGAAGACUAUAUAGACACAGAGUCUCCUGUUCCUCCAGAUCUUAAGAAACCAGAUUGUACAAAAAUUCUAGAGCUUCCAUACAGCAUCCAUGCUUUUCAGCACUUACGAGGUGUACAAGAAAGAGUUAAUCUUUCUGCCCCUCUCCUGCCUAAAGAGGAUCCAAUCUUCACUUACUUAUCCAGACGAUUGGGAAGGAGUAUAGAAGACAUAGGUCACCGCAUCCAUGAAGGGCUAAUGAAGAACUCUUCUUCCUGGGUACUGUAUAACCUGGCCUCAUUUUACUGGCGAAUAAAGAACGUGCCCUAUCAGGUAGUGGAAUGUGCGAUGCGAGCGCUCCACUUUUCUUCCAGGCACAAUAAAGAUGUUGCUUUGGUGAACCUGGCAAAUGUUUUACAUAGGGCCCACUUCUCUGCGGACGCUGCUAUUGUGGUGCAUGCAGCUCUGGACGAGAGCGACUUCUUUACCAGCUAUUACACUUUGGGCAAUAUCUAUGCAAUGCUUGGGGAAUACAACCACUCUGUGCUCUGUUACGAUCAUGCUUUGCAGGCCAAACCUGGGUUCGAACAAGCUAUAAAGAGGAAGCACGCUGUCCUAUGUCAACAGAAACUUGAGCAGAAAUUGGAGGCUCAGCAUAGAUCUCUCCAGCGCACCUUGAAUGAGCUCAAAGAGUACCAGAAGCAACAUGACCACUACCUGAGGCAGCAAGAAAUCCUAGAGAAGCACAAGCUGAUUCAGGAAGAGCAAAUCUUAAGGAACAUCAUCCAUGAGACUCAGAUAGCAAAAGAAGCCCAGUUAGGGAAUCAUCAGAUAUGUCGUCUGGGCAACCAGCAGCAUAGCUUACAUUGCCAGUGGGACCAACCUGUCCGCUACCAUCGUGGAGAUAUCUUUGAAAAUGUAGACUCUGUUCAGUUUGGUGAAGAUUCGUCAACUUCCAGCAUGAUGUCUGUGAAUUUAGAUCUUCAUGAAAAUCAGAGUGAACUCAGCCAUUCCUCCAAGUCUUCCCCUGUGCCCCAUUCUGUUCUCUGGGUUUGGGGCAUGGAAUCAGAUGCAUAUAGGGACAAGCAGCAUAUUCUGUGGCCCAAAAGAACAGACUGUGCAGAAAGUUACCCCGCAGUCCCUCCUGGUGAUGAACUGCCAACAUAUUUCUUGCCUCCAGAAAACCGAGGACUCAGGACUCAUUCAGCGCUGGAUAUAGGCCUUUUGGGAGGAGAGGUCCAUUCCCCAGACUGCUCCUCUGCCACUGGCCUCCGGAACAGCCGGACUCCGUAUCUUGAAUUCAAAGAACUAGACCGUCAUCUGGAUCUGAAAUUCAAGAUGCCAGAUGACUACGCACGACAAAUUUUGCUUUCCCGUAUUAAUAACUAUACUAUCACAGAGGAAGAAAUAGGAACACUCUUAUUUCACGCCAUCAAUAAGCCAAAUGAGCCUUUGUGGUUCAUGUUCAAUGAAGCUGGACUCUACUGGCGAGCCCUGGGGAAUAGCACAUUUGCCAUCGCCUGCUUGCAGAGAGCUCUGGAUUUGGCUCCACCUCAGCACCAAGACAUUCCCCUUGUGAACCUAGCCAACCUCUUGAUGCACUAUGGCCUUCACCAUGAAGCCAGCAAGCUGCUCAUCCAGGCCCUGGCAAUCAAUAGCUCUGAGCCCCUGACCUUUCUGAGCCUAGGAAAUGCCUAUCUUGCUCUGAAGAACAUCAGCGGAGCGAUUCAGGCCUUUCGGCAGGCUCUGAACGUGACGGCCAGGUGCCUGGAGUGUGAAGGCAGCCUGAAACUGGUCCGCUGCAUGCAGUUUUACCCGUUUCUGUACGCCACCCCCUCAUCUGCGUGCAGUGGUACGGUGGUUGCAGAAAGCAAUGGCUCUGAUGGGUUGGAGAGUUUGAGUGAUGCCCAGAUGUCAGAAGAGAUGUUGGCUCUGGUGGAUGAAUUUGAAAAUGCAUGGCCUCUGGAAGCCUUUGAAGGGGCGCUAGAGGUCAAAGGGCGACGAAUGGACUUGCAGGGGAUACGGGUACUGAAGAAAGGCCUUCAGGAUGGAGUAGCCAGCUCUUCCUGCUUUGGCGACUGUGGAGAUGAUGACGACGACGAGACAGAGUGGAUCACAUUCCAGGUCAAACGUUUAAAGAAACCCAAAGUAGAAAGCUCGGACGCUCAGGAACCUCCUGGGAAAAACAAUGAGGAACAGAUUCAGGCGGAAAAUGAGCACCAUUUUCAAAAGACUCUGGAAAUUAGUGGCCCCAAGAUACCAGCCCCUGGACCACAAGGCAAAAAGCAUGAUUACGAAAGCCUGGGCUGGCCAAGCCCUGAUGAGUGUGUAAAGCUCCGUCGGGUGGAACUCACCACUGUGGCUAGCACCUGGCUCGCUGUCUCAGCCAAAAACAUUGACAUCACAGAGCACAUAGACUUUGCCACUCAGCUGCAGGAGCCAGCCAUGGAGCCCCUCUGCAAUAGCAACCUCCCCGCCAGCAUGCACACCUUGGACCACCUGCACGGGGUGGCCAACCGAGCCAGCCUGCACUAUACGGGCGAGAGCCAGCUAAAAGAGGUACUACAGAAUCUUGGCAAAGACAAGUACCCCCAGCAGUCAUUUGAACAAAUUGGCACUCGGAUUGCCAAAGUUUUGGAAAAGAACCAGACCUCCUGGGUCCUCUCCAGCAUGGCAGCCCUGUACUGGAGAGUCAAAGGACAAGGGAAGAAGGCCAUCGAUUGUCUGAGGCAGGCCCUCCAUUAUGCCCCACAUCAUAUGAAAGAUGUGCCCCUGAUCAGCUUGGCCAACAUCUUGCACAAUGCCCGGCUCUGGCAGGAUGCCAUUGUGGUAGCCACCAUGGCCGUAGAGAUCGCACCGCACUUUGUCGUGAACCAUUUUACCCUCGCCAACGUCUACGUGGCCAUGGAGGAGUUUGAAAAGGCCAUGAUGUGGUAUGAGUCAACACUAAAACUGCAGCCUGAGUUUGCACCCGCCAAGAAUCGAAUCCGGACCAUCCAGUGUCAUUUACUUAUGAAAAAAGAGCGACGUUCUCCUUAAUCCUCCUCUUCUCCGUCCCCCUCUCUCACUCUCUUCUCUCUCUUCCUCAUGCUCUUCUUUUUUUAAAGAAAGAAACCAAUCAUUGUCCAGUAUCUACUCUUAAUGAGGUGCGUGAUGAUAAGCUGGGGGAUUAAGACAGGGGGUUUGGUUUGGUUCUUUUGGUUCCUUUCCCUACUCCCACCCCCUCACCUCCCUGCCUUCCUCUCAGAAAGAAGCAUCUUUGGAAACAGUUGUUCCAAACAGAAAAUGUAGCUUAAGAAAACUCUGUAAAUAACUGAGCUGAGAAACUUCCGGAGAUAUCACAUCCCUAAACACCUUUCGGGUUUUCUCAGUGGUCCGACCAGCUCCCCCCUUAAAGAGGGCGGUGGGACGGUCCUGACAAUUUUCUGCUUCCUAAUGUAGCAUCUGUUGGUGGAAAUGCCAAAACCCAUCCCUACACCAGAUAACAAGAAGCCAUGUCCAGCUGUCCAUCCAUUGGAAACUCAUGCUUUUACCCAGUCUUGUCCAAUUCAUGCUGCUGUGUUACAAGCCCAGAGGUAGUUUGCAGGGGGGGGCCGGGGCGGGCGGGGGGAAAGUGAUUUAAAAAACAAAAUCUAUGAAAAGAAAAAAAAACCUUAGGAACAUCCAACCUUUUGUAAUGUUAUUUAUGUUGGGGGGUGGGGUGGGAGGGAGGGACUGAGACAAGGAAGAUCAGCGAUGUACAACAUCUGAACCAUUUGUAUUUUGAUCACGAAACACAGGGAAGCCAAUAAGUUGAAAUCUUACAUAGGAGGUGUUUAUACAUAUGUGUGUGUGUAAAUAUACAUAUAUGUACACACAUAUAUACAUAGAGAUGUACAUCUACGGCUAUGUAUAUAUGUGUGCAUAUAUGUAUAUUUGCAGACCUGAGUCUCUGUUUUACUGAUUUUUUUGUUCACUGUAUUACCCAUCUCGGAAAAGGGUACAAGUGUAAAAUCCCUCUCUCUGAGGCCUUCUGACUUAAUGCUACUCCAGGUGAGCUGCCUAGAACUGUUCAAAUCUAAAUUGAGCUUUUCCCUUUGAUCUGGAGAGAACCAGAGCCUCCAGAACAUGUGAGAUCUACAAGGGCACAUACUGAGAACAAAAAUAAAAGCUGUUUAUGAGCAAAAUA